UCAAAAUUAGUCAAAUUACUGCACUUGCUUCAACUACGCUAUAUAUUCAGCCGCAAAACUCUUCACUCUCAAACCGAUACGACAACAAAGAUCACAUUCAUCUUAAAAAAACACAACUUUCAAAUUACUAACAUCUCAGACAAAAGAAAAUAUGGUGAAAUCGAAUGUUGAAAAAACUGCGGCGGAAAGAAGCGAUUCAUCGUACAGAGGAAUAAGGAAGAGGAAGUGGGGAAAAUGGGUGUCGGAAAUCAGAUUACCAAACAGCCGCCAAAGAAUAUGGUUAGGUUCUUAUGACUCUGCUGUAAAAGCGGCGCGUGCAUUUGACGCGGCUACGUUUUGCUUACGUGGCGGUGGUGCUAAGUUUAAUUUCCCGGAUGAUCCGCCGGAUAUUGCGGGAGGUAGGUCUAUGACACCUUCUCAGAUUCAGGAUGCUGCAGCCCGUUUUGCCAAUUCGGUUCGACCCGUUAACACUCCGAUUGAAACUCCGUCUUCGUCGGUGAGGACAACAUUGUUGCCAAUGGAAUCACCGUCUCCGGCACUCUCCGAUGGGACAUUUCAGACGGACAGCGGCGUCGCAGAAAAUGGGUGUUUUAAAGAAAUGGUAUCGGUAAAUGGAUCGGGUUAUUGUGUACCAGAUUACUCUAUUUUUCCGGGUUUUGAUUAUUUUGGUGGUGAUUUCUAUGUGCCGGAGUUGCCAAGUUAUGAUUAUGGAGAUGAGAAUAUUGAUGGUUUGAUAAUUCAUAACUCUUUCUUGUGGAAUUUCUAAGCGAGUCGGGUUGCGGAUAGUUUUGUAUAUCUGGAAGUAUUACAUGAACCUGGAUCCUUAAUUCGGAUUUGGGUAGGACAAUUUUUUAGGACCUCGUCCUUUGCUAAUUUUUUGCCGAGAGAUCAAGGUUUUAGUUUUUGUGGAUAUGAAUCAUGAAACAAUAUAAAGUGGUUUUGACGAUGUGUUUAUUUUUAAUUGGGUAUUAUCUUCAAGACGGGUAAAAUCACAAUAGCUUUUGUUUAAGUUAUUUACACCUAUAAACUUUAGUUAGUAGAAGAACCUUUAUCAUCUCAUUUAAAUACUUUUGGGUUUGAUGAGUGAUUUUUUUGGCUAUUCUUUGAAUUAUAAAAGGAUAUAAGAUUUUUUUCAAUCUCA